UCUUCUCUAUCUUCGACUGCCACUCCCUUGCCACACAUUUUCCGUCUCUUCUUAAUUCACCCAUAAACCAUACAAUCUAUCAUAUCUAUCUUCCAUCUUCCAUCUUCAUCAGCCAUUUCCUCCAUUUUUUUUCUUUCUUUUUUUUAUGUUCAGAUCUCUCAAAUCUCUCAGUUUCCUUCUCGCUCUUGCUCUAGAAAAUUCUGAGGUUGAUCCACCGUACCGGCGGCGAAAUUCCAUGCGGGCACAGCAUCCUCACCCACUGAAGCCGGGUGUCGCCGCACCCGAUGAGGAGAACGAACCACUCCGCUCCUCCCACGCCGGAAUGAACGUCCCUUUAGGCGCCGGAAUUCGGAAGAAGGGUACCGGAGUCCGGCCAUGGCUGCUCUUGGACUCGACCGGCGGAGCUCAGGUGGUGGAGGCCGGAAAACAUGCGAUCAUGCGGCGGACCGGUCUGCCGGCGCGGGACCUCCGGAUCCUUGAUCCAAUGCUCUCGUAUCCGUCGACGAUUCUUGGCCGUGAGAAAGCGAUUGUGAUCAAUCUGGAGCACAUCAAAGCCAUUAUCACCGCUCAAGAUGUCUUCGUGUUGAAUGCUAGGGAUCCGUCCGUGACCCCCUUUGUAGAGGAGCUUCAGAGGCGGUUGCUGCGACACCACCAAGCCACUAAGGCCGCUCAGGAGGGCAAUGGCGAUGAUUCUAAUUGGAGAAAUCUGUAUGACUUGGAAGAGCCACGAUCAAGGGCUCAAAGUCCUCGUAAUUCGUACCAGGGAUUUCCACAGGCUGAAGAGGAGGAAAGCGGGAAACAAGGUCUUGAAAACCGGGAGGGAUUGAAGGUUCUUCCAUUUGAGUUUGUUGCUUUGGAGGCAUGCCUUGAAGCUGCUUGCAGUUGCUUAGAAAGUGAAGCAGAUACAUUGGAGCUAGAAGCUCACCCAGCUUUAGAUAAGCUGACUUCUAAGAUCAGUACUCUCAAUUUGGAAAGGGUGCGUCAGAUCAAAAGUCGAUUGGUUGCUAUAACUGGACGGGUUCAAAAGGUGCGGGACGAAUUAGAGCACUUGCUAGAUGACGAUGAGGAUAUGGCUGAGAUGUACCUAACAGAGAAGAUUGUUCAGCAACAGCUUGAGAACUCUUCCACUUCUUCAAUUCCUGAGAGAGAUGACAUGGAAGAUGAAGUUCAGCAAGUAGGCAAAGAUGACAGAAUUCCUGCUGAAAUAUCAUUGGACGGUGGUGGGAACUAUGAAGGCAAUAUGGAUGCCUCCCAGGAUCAUUUGUUUGGUUCCUCAAAUGUUGGCAGGGACAGCCAUGGGACCCGGACCAGUACUACCCAUAGCGCUAUAAGCAAACAGCUCGAUGUGGAGGAACUCGAGAUGCUGUUGGAGGCAUACUUUGUGCAAAUUGAUGGUACACUGAACAAACUUUCCACGCUGAGGGAGUAUGUAGAUGACACAGAAGAUUACAUCAACAUAAUGCUGGAUGACAAACAGAACCAUCUUCUACAAAUGGGAGUAAUGUUGACAACGGCAACCCUCGUUGUGAGCGCCUUCGUCGUGGUGGCAGGUAUCUUCGGCAUGAACAUCCAUAUCGAGCUGUUCGAACCAGAAAAAGCAGGUAUGCCAGAGUUCCUGUGGACUGUUGGUGGUGGCGCUACAGGAACCAUCUUCUUGUACGUCAUUGCCAUUACCUGGUGCAAGCACAAACGCUUGCUUGAGUAGUUCGACAAAACCAAAACGUACUACCAAUGGUAUAGUUUGCUUGAUGAAAAAGCAUAUAUAGAGUAAGACAACGUUCAAUACAAAUUAUGUAUUUUAAUGUCAUGUACGGCUGUGUUGAAAUAAAUUGAAGCUUUGUACAAGCCAUUGAUUUGUUUCAUACUGUUAGCAGGUACAAGCUAAUUGUAUAAGUUGCAUAAGUUUUAUGCUUAAUUUAGUCCCUCCACUUUGGUUGAAUUUCUAAAA